CGGAAUGCCCCCGGACUCCGAACCGCCGAGUGUUGUCGUUACCCAAGUGCAAGCGAGAUACCCCCCAAAGAGCGAGAGGGCCAAACCCACGGGACGUAGACACGAGAGAAAAUUUCUCGGGGGUUCCGCUUUCCGUUUAUUAUUAUUACGUUUUUUUCUCCAUUAUUUUCCAUCACAACCCACAAAAUCCUCCAAUUAAAAUCCAGCCCGUUGUGCCCCACAACCUCUACUUGAUGCCCAAUAACCAGUGUACGAACGAUAACUCGUGUUAGCGAUAAAUAAUAGUUACAGCCGUUUAUUUGGAAUGGAUAAAUCCCAGGGCAGGGAGGAUAAAAUGAAAGUUAAAAUAAGAGGAAUGAGAAACGAGAAAUGGUGGACGGUUGUAUGAAAACGAUUGGACGAGUGAAAUUGGAUAGAAAAAUAUUCAGCCGGCGACGCGCGGAAACCUCUUCCUCCUCGGGGACGGUAUUAUUCCCCUAGUAUCAGCCAAAUGCAACAAUAUCUGUCUUCCUUCACCAGUGAUAUCUCCCUCCAACACACGACAAAAAAUCGUAACCGUUCAGCUAGAGCUCGCUGACUCCCAGCAGAAUCGUCCCAACAACAUCCAGCAUAUCCAGCAUGGAUCGGCAAUCGAUGUUGCGUGAAUUUUAAUCGUUGGUCUGCAGACUCGUGUCAAUCGAGGACGAGGGAGGAAACAAGCAAGCAAGAGAGGAAACGACGACGAGGAGGGCGAGCAGUCGAAAUUCCUGGGACUGCAUCGAGCUGGGGACGAGCAUUGGCCCCAGACCACGGAAUUUCGUAAAUCAGUGGAAAAUCGAGUGGGUUCAGUGAAGUGCAGAGUGAAACAGGGACGUGAAUAACAGAAUAAUAUUUUCGGGGAGUCCGUGGGGUGAGUGGAGGCUGUGGGGAAGGGCCACUGAGAGCUGGUGCGUGGGUGGUGUAACACUGAAGUUAUUAGUUUUUAACUGGGGAGGAGAGGAACUGGAUUAUUUGUCUCGUCGUUUUUUCGGGGGUUUGUCGUCUGGCCCUGGCUCUGGGGGCCCGUGCCAAGUGCCAGGAAUGGGCAUUUGUGGGGGCUCGUGACACCAGCACCUCCUCCAACCUCGUGGACAACUUCCUGGGGCUCCAGUGCUGAUGAUGAGAGUGUCUACUGACAACUGCUCUCGCUGACUCUCGAGGGGAUUAUUUGGGUGUUUGUUCUGUGAUGUGACAGCGGUUUUUCGGGCUUUUUGGAUCGACUCGGGGAUUGGGGAGCUGCAGAGAGGGGACAAGUGGGGAAGGCGAGCAGAGUUGAAUUGGAAAUACUGGAAGGAGCUGGAGACUUUGGGAAAUUGGGCUGAGACGAUGAUGAGAGGUUAAACGUUGGAGGGAUGGGUCGUGGUAGGGUAACAGUAUGCGGGAGAAGUCUUCAGAAUGUCCCACUCACGUAGACUACGUGAGGGGCACGACAGAGAUGUGCUCGCGUGAUCCUCCCGCCCUGCAUCCAGCCCUUGCCAAGGCCAAUGGUAAAAAUUCAUCGCCACAGGCGAGUCCACGGGGAGAAGGGAGAAUUGAGGGUAAUUGUUUGCCCACACCUGGGGGGAGGUUGAAGUUCUUUAAGGAUGGGAAGUUUAUUCUCGAGCUGUCGCACAGGAGGGACGGCGAGAGGACGACGUGGUUCCCUGUGCCCAAGAAGACUUUUUGGCCUCCUGCUAGCACAACACCGAAUAGACAGGAGAGCUCGACUUCACUCAGUGUAUCUGACGACAAUUCCUCGAUCCAAUCGAGUCCAUGGCAGCGAGAUCACUGUUGGAAGCAGACUCACCCCCGACGUUGCGUGACAACGGAAUUUAAUUUCUACUACCGUCGAGAUCCUCGAAAUCGUCUCUCGGCACCGUCACGCCAGCUGGCGAGAAUUCGUCGACGUCCCCUGGACCCUUGGCCCCUGCCCCUCGUCAUCGAGACCCCCACGAGGCACAAGCAACCAGCCAAGAGCAACAACGUCACUCCAGGGAAAACAUUGACUCUGAUAAUCGACAAACUCUCUCGUUUGGACCCAAACGUCGUUUCCCCGAGGAAGAGAAUUCUCAGGGAAUUGGAGAGAGUCACCCUCGAGGAUCAAGCCUCCAAGAGGCGUGCCACCCCCCAGCCAAUGACCCCCACAACAACAACUCCUUCUGUUCAAUCACAGAAACAAUUGUCUUCGUACAGCAUCACCAGUAUUUUGGGUGAGGACAAACCGAGUCCAGAGCCUGGCUUCCUCAGAAAUCUCCUCAAACUCGAGGACACUAAUGCUGUUAAAUACUCGUCGAGUCAUUCCUAUCCUAGGGGUAGAAUCGAUCCAUUCGUUGCUUCUGCCAAUACAUCGAUUCAUCAUCCUAUUUAUGGUGUACCAAUGCUACCACCUGGACCAUACAGACCAGGACUGUGGAUGCAUUAUCCACCUCCUGUUCAUUAUCCACCACCUCUGCCCAUCUAUCCACCCCCACCACCUCCACAUCCAUCGUCUUCACCGGUUCAUCAUUAUAAGGAUUAUAGGGAACAAACUCUAACGCCUCCAUCAGAUGUGCCGUUAAAUUUGUCGAAGCAUGCAGGUUGAAUCUCAAAAUCCCCGAAAAACCUCCAAGUAACAAAAAAAAACAACGUUUGGUGCCUUAGCGAAGAAUAAAUUAUCAAUAUCAGCCCCACUGCCCGUGCAACGACAAUGAGUAUCACUAGUAUUUUUCUACAACAUUAAAUCACCCAUAAGAAUGAAAAAAAAUCAGAACUGAAAACGCGAGAGCCAGCGGGAAUGAGUAAAAAUGAAAAAAUCAAACUCACGAGAGGGGGGAAAGGGGGAAAGAUAAUUCCCAGGACUAAUGCGAAUCCGAGUCGACACUCCUGUACAUAAUCGUAAUGCAAAGUCUGUCAAUGUUGAUGGAAAAAGGCCCUCAGCUCCAUUGCAAUUCAUUGAGAACAAAUUUAAUCAUCUCGAGUCAUUUACAAACUUCGUGCAUAUAGUAUUAAAAAACAGACUACGUUUGAGGUAAAGUGCAAUGAGCCGAUGAUAACGUCAAUAAAUCACUCAAUUCUUUCGUUAUUAGGAUGAGAACAAAUUGAUUGAAUAUUUCUUUAAUUAUCAGAUAACGUCCAUUAGGUGAUAGGGUCUCGAAUUAAUAGCAAAGUUCAAUCACUUUGCCGAAUCAACCAAAAGAGUAAUCAUCUUCCCACGUUGAAAUUCAGUGAAUAAAUCACAACUAGAGAUUAAUUUUUUACGCUCUGAAUUUAUCAAGAUUCUAAGAAUUCCUCAGAUUGUUUUUUUAUACUGUAAAAAUGAUUUUUUUUUAGUAAGUCACUAGCCUUCCUCGUUUCAUCUGCAUCCCAUUCACAUUGCUGUUUUAUGAACUCUGAUUAAUGGUUAAUUGAUUUAUUUCAUCGAUUAUUUGCGACUAGGGAAACUAAAAUGAUGAGAAAUUGUGAGUAGUGUGAAUUUUUAAUGAAUUUACAGGUCUUUUAGGGAUCUUUGGGAAUUGUAAUUGAGAUAAUGGAAAAAAUUCGUAAGAAAGACAUAGGUUUAUGUACAGAAACAGAUAUUACAUAUUAUACAUAAUUAGAUCUAUUAUAUUCUUAUUAUUAUUGGAGAAUUUGUAGCGACUUUUGGUUAAUUUAGGAGUAAGAAUUUUUUUUUUUUUCAUUCUCUUGGUUAUUACGGAGGAAACAUAUUUAUGCAAUAUCGAGAAGUAUGAGGACAUUUAAAUAAAUAUUAUAUAUAUUAUGAAAUUGAACGAUACAGAGCGUGAGGUGUGCCUUAAAAUAUCUCGGAGUGACACUAAAAAUUUUUUAACAAAUUCAUUGCGGGGGAAAAUAAUGAACAGCUCGAUGUACAUUAGACUCCUAUGUACAUAUACAUUUUUUAAUUCUUUAAUGAUAUCUUUUUGUCAUCAUCUAUGCGUGUAGGACUCAAAACACGUGACACUGACUUGAAUUUAUAUUUAUUUAAAUGAGAAAAAAAACGUGAUUAUUUUCGGGGAGUUUUUUACUCGACUCGAAGCAAAAAUGGUAGAAAAUAGAAGAUGAAUAAGGCAAAUUCACUCAGGCUCUAAUGGAUAAAAUAAUUUACACAUUCAAUGAAUCUUCGUGAAAGCGUGAAGGAAAAAUGAGAAAAUUGUAUAGAAAGACUAAUUUCGUAAAUAUAAAUAUUUCGUAUAUACUAGA